AUGUACCGCCUGGUGCGCCUGGGCCCGUUGCGGCCGCCGGCGGUGCCGCGCAGCCCCCCGCCUUUUGCCGCUGUCUUGGGCCCCUUGGGUUGCGGUCCCCGCCUCGGCCGGGUUGGUGUCAGUCCCUCGCCGCCCGUCGUGACGCUGCGAUCCGCAGCCGGCACCUCCGCUAAAGAUGCAGCUGUAUCCCCCGAAAAGGCAGCCAUGGACCCCAGUGAUGAAAACAAGAAACUCAACAAGUCCCAGCAACUGAAACAAGUUUUUAAAGAAUAUGGUGCUGUAGGGGUUUCAUUCCACGUUGGAAUUUCAUUAGUAUCUCUAGGAAUCUUCUACCUGGCCGUGUCAAGUGGUGUGGAUAUGACUGCAGUUCUCUUCAAGCUCGGUUUCAGUGAAUCAUCGUUGCAGUCUAAAAUGGCUGCUGGUACAAGCACGUUUGUGUUGGCAUACGCUGUUCACAAGCUGUUUGCUCCAGUACGAAUCAGCAUUACUGUCAUUUCUGUGCCAUUGAUUGUCCGAUACUGCCGGAAGAUUGGUUUCUUCAAACCUCCUGCGCCAAAUCCAUGA